AUGGAUAAAUGUGUGCCGGAUGUCAUUGAUAUUGUUCCCAAAAAUGUUAUCAAGAUUCAUUAUCCAAGCGGUGUUGACGUCAAUUUGGGCAAUGAGUUGAAACCCGUAGAGGUUAAGGAUGAGCCAACAGUAGACUGGCCCACAACACAACCCGACGAUCUCUAUACACUACUGAUGACAGAUCCGGACGCAUCGGUAGAUGUUCGCGAAAUUAAGCACUGGUUGAUAGUCAACAUACCGGGUAAUGACUUAGCUAAAGGCGAACUCCUGGCACCUUAUGGCGGGUCGUGUCCGCCAGUGGAGCACGGGUUGCAUAGAUAUAUAUUUUUGGUAUACAAACAGUCGGGCCAUUUACAGCACUCGGAGAUCCCGAUGAAACUGGGCGACAGAGAGGGACGCCGUAAUUUUAAUACCAAAUUCCAAAGCUGA